UUGUUCUUCUUCGUUUUCUUGGAUACCCAUUAAAAGUUUCAUGUGCAAUAAAUAAUACAUAAUAUAUCCACAUAUAAUAAAAAAUAAGACAUUUACCAACGCAAUGGAGCGUUGCAACAACAACAACAUCUGCAGCAGCUAGAAGAAGCUCAAAGAACCCUUUGGAUUGCUGCAAUAAUAGCAAAACUUUUUUUUGCCAAAGGAAAUCGGAAGUAGCUAUUAAACCCACCCAAAAUAUAAGGAAUAAACAGCAGAAGCAUAUAAAAAUAUAUAUAAAAAAUAUUGGCAAAAUGAGGCGACGAAUUGCCAUGAAGGAGACGGCAAUAUUGGAUGGCAGUAGUUCGAGGAGAUCAACGCUAAAUAUUUGGAACUUUUUUCUUAUCGCUCUUGUAGCGCUGAGUUCCACGAUUCUGGCCGAUGAAUCAAUCGACACACGUGAGAAUGCCGACUUAACCCUAAAGUGCCGGUUUAACGACAAGUACGAGUCGAACGACUUUUCCUUUUUUUGGACCCGCUGGACGGCGAAUCCUGCCCAGUUCGAUAACGUGGCCAUCGGCGAUGUGCAGUUGAGUUCCGGCUAUAGACUCGACUUUCAACCGGAGCGCGGCAUUUACGAUCUGCAGAUCAAGAAUGUGUCCUACAAUCGGGACAAUGGACGCUUCGAGUGCCGCAUCAAGGCCAAGGGAACGGGAGCUGAUGUCCAUCAGGAGUUCCACAAUCUCACAGUCCUCACACCACCACAUCCACCUGUGAUCUCGCCCGGCAAUAUAGCCGUGGCCACCGAAGACAAGCCCAUGGAGCUGACAUGCAGCAGCAUCGGCGGUUCCCCCGAUCCCACCAUCACUUGGUAUCGCGAGGGUUCCAAUUCCCCACUGCCAGCAACUGUUCUAAAGGGCGGCACUAAGGAUCAGCCCACCAAUGCCACACUAUCCAUCAUCCCGCGAAGGGAAGAUGAUGGUGCCAAGUACAAAUGUGUAGUCAGAAAUCGUGCCAUGAACGAGGGAAAGCGAUUGGAGGCCACUGCCACCUUGAAUGUAAACUAUUACCCCCGAGUGGAGGUCGGACCCGAGAAUCCUUUGCGGGUGGAACGUGACCGGACUGCCAAGCUGGAGUGUAACGUGGAUGCCAAGCCCAAGGUUCCCAAUGUCCGUUGGAAUCGCAAUGGUCGCUUCAUCAGCUCCUCAUUAGUUCACACGAUCCAUCGAGUGAGUGUUCAGGAUGCCGGCAAAUACACCUGCAUUGCGGAUAAUGGUUUGGGCAAGACGGGAGAACAGGAGUUGAUUCUGGAUAUCCUCUAUCCACCCAUGGUGGUGAUCGAAUCCAAGACUAGGGAGGCUGAGGAAGGAGAUACAGUGACCAUUCGCUGCAAUGUCACCGCGAAUCCCGCUCCAGUAACCAUUGAAUGGUUGAAGGAGAAUAGUCCCGACUUCCGCUAUAAUGGAGAUGUCUUAACCUUGAACUCUGUGCGAGCUGAUCAUGCUGGGAAUUAUAUCUGCAGAGCUGUUAAUAUAAUGCAAAGUCAGGGAAUGGAGCGCAGCGAGCGAGUGGGCAACUCCACGGUGGCUUUGCUAGUUCGUCAUCGACCUGGACAGGCUUACAUCACUCCCAACAAACCAGUGGUCCAUGUGGGCAAUGGUGUUACUCUAACUUGUUCAGCAAAUCCCCCUGGAUGGCCAGUUCCCCAGUACAGAUGGUUCCGCGAUAUGGAUGGAGAGUUCUCGAGCACCCAGAAGAUCCUGGCGCAAGGACCCCAAUACUCCAUACCCAAAGCUCAUUUAGGCAACGAGGGAAAAUACCAUUGUCAUGCUGUCAACGAACUGGGAAUCGGAAUGAUGGCCACCAUUUCCCUGGAGAUCCAUCAGCCUCCCCAGUUCCUGGCCAAACUACAGCAACAUAUGACUAGGAGAGUAGCGGAUACGGAUUACACGGUAACCUGCAGUGCCAAGGGAAAACCAGCACCAAGUGUCAAGUGGCUCAAGGAUGCAGUGGAAAUUCUGCCAGAGGAAAAUCUCUACGAAGUGCAAACCAAUCCCGAUCAGGGUUUAAAUGGAAUGGUCACAGUGCAGAGUCAAUUGAAAUUCAGGGGUAAAGCCAGGCCAAAUGGUAAUGCCUUAGUUCCCGGAGAUCGUGGCCUGUACACCUGUUUGUACCAAAACGAAGUGAAUUCAGCAAACUCUUCCAUGCAACUGAGGAUCGAACAUGAACCCAUAGUCCUGCAUCAAUACAACAAGGUGGCUUUUGAUAUUCGGGAGACAGCUGAAGUGGUUUGCAAGGUUCAGGCCUAUCCCAAACCCGAAUUCCAAUGGCAGUUUGGCAACAACCCAUCACCUCUAACCAUGUCUUCGGAUGGUCACUACGAAAUUAGCACCACUACGGAUAAUAAUGACAUUUAUACCUCUGUGCUGAAGAUCAACUCGCUGACUCAUUCGGAUUAUGGAGAGUAUACUUGCAGGGUGGCCAAUACUUUGGAUACCAUUCGAGCUCCUAUUAGAUUGCAACAAAAGGGUCCCCCAGAGAAACCCACCAAUCUGCGAGCCACCGAAGUGGGUCAUAAUUAUGUAUCCCUAUCUUGGGAUCCCGGUUUCGAUGGUGGUUUGAGCAAGACCAAAUUCUUUGUGAGCUAUCGACGGGUGGCGAUGCCAAGGGAAGAGCAACUGAUACCCGAUUGCGCCACUCUGGCCAACUCGAAUUCCGCUUGGGUGGAGGUUGACUGCCAAAGGGACAUCCCCUGCAAGGUCAACUCCCUGGAACAGCACCAGAGUUAUGCCUUCAAGGUCAAGGCGUUGAAUCCGAAGAGUGAUUCGCCGUACUCCAGCGAAAUAAUGGUGACAACAAAGGUCAGCAGGAUUCCGCCACCUCUUCAGGUGACUUAUGAACCAAGCACUCGAACUCUGGGCAUCGAUGUGGGCGCCACCUGUUUGUCCCUGGUGGCCGUUGUGGAAUCCAUGAUGAAUGCCGAUACACCGAAUGCCGCCUGGGAGGUGGUGGCCACCAUGGAUAACCUACAGCUAUCCGGGAAUGGACCCACGCACAAGGAGAAGGUCAUCGACAGGAUAAUCGGAGCCAGGCGGCUUGGAGGAGGACGUGCCUUGGGUCACACCAUCAGCGAGGAUGAAGAUGACAAUGGUCUGAAUUCACUGGCCCUCGAGGAUGACAACAGUCCCACUGUGAGGGUUAAGUUGUGCCUGAGGACCAAUCCCGAGCACUGCGGCGAUUACACGGAUGCGGAAAUUGGCCGACCGUAUAUCGCGGAGGCUAGUGCCCUGGCCACGCCCACUUUGAUAGCGAUAAUCGUGUCCUGCGUGGUCUUCGCCCUCUUCGCCGGCCUCAUCCUGAUGUUCUGUCGCUGCAAGCGGAAUCAAUCCAAGAAGAGUGCCGCUGCCAAGGAUUACGAGAUGGACUCGGUGCGCCCUUCGAUUGUGACCGCCCAGCAGAACCAGGCCCCGCCCCCCUACUACCCCGCCUCUGGCCUGGACAAUAAGGCGCUGGAGCACUCGAUGGAUCUCGCAUUGAGUAUGGAGGAGCAGAAGACGGCCCUGUAUGCCACCCAAAAUGGGUACAGCUAUCACCCCGGCAGUGGGGUGGUGGGUGUUGGCCUAGGAGGCGGCGUGGUGGGCGUGGGCGUGGGCGGCAGUGUGGUCAGCGGCAUGGGCGGCGGCAUGGUGGGCGUGGGCGGAAUGGGCGGAGGCAGUGGCGUCGGCGUCAAUGGAAUUCCUGGUCUCAAUGCACACACGAUGCCCGGAAAUGAAUGGGUAAACAUGGGCUACAUGGAGAACAACUAUUCGAAUUCGAACAAUGGCGGCAGUGUCAACUCGCAGGACUCUUUGUGGCAGGUAAAGAUGUCGGCAGCGGCGGUGGGCAACCAGCAGGGCAUGGUCCAGGCCCCCCUGAAUCAAUAUGUCGAGCAGCAGCCCGCCUACGGAUACGAUCCGUUGACCCACGGAGGCUAUGGGGCGGUGGAUGACUACGCCCCCUAUCCACACCUAACGGCCACGCCCAGUCAGGUGGGCGAUGAGUACCAUAACUUGCGCAACAGCCAGAAUCCGUCCCGGCAGGACUACUGCAGCGAUCCCUACGCAUCCGUGCAGAAGCCCAAGAAGCGAGUCGAUCAGCAUUUAGAUUCACCAUAUCACGACGUAAGCGGCCUGCCCAAUCCCUACAACAUGGAGCACUUGGAACAGGACGAGGUCCUUCCCCCGCAGCAGCAUAUGUCCUUGAGCUACGACGACAGCUUCGAGGGCGAAUAUUCGACAACGCCGAAUGCCAGAAAUCGUCGCGUCAUACGCGAGAUUAUUGUCUAGGUUAAAAAACAGUCUAGUUCGAGAAUCGGUAAAUCGGAAAAUCGAAUAAUCGGAAAAUAAGCACUAAAAAUAUUCUCCAAAACACCACACACACACACGCUAAAUUCCAUCAUCAUCCAUUUGAAUAUUAUCAUUUUUUCCAACUGCCAGCAGCAGCAGCAGAUCUUUUGAAAAGUGGCCAUUUUGAAUACUUUUUUUUAAUAAUAUAUUUAGCUUAGUUUUUUGAGGGUUACGACGACGACGAACGUGUGUUGAGUUUUAUUGGCAACGAAACAUAUAUACCAUAAUACCCCUAGGAUUAGAGUUCCGAUCUAUCAUUGCUCUAGUUCAGCACUUUGUUGAGACAACACUGAGAGAAAUACCCAAACACACACACAGAGACACACACGGAUUAAAACCAUCACUGGACAAGCACUUAAUGUUACGAUUUACCAGGUAGCAUAGGGCUAAGUAGUAGUUAAUAUUAAUGGUCAUCUCUAGGUCCCAGUUGCAACAAACGAACUUUAAACUGUAAGGCGGAAGAAACCAGAAAAUCGGAAAAACGAAAACAAAAUCUCACUUUUCACCUAGGCUUAGGCUAAUUAACUCGUAAGUGAUUCUUGUUGGAUUCUGUGCAAUAUUCGCGAGCACAGAUCCACGAAAAGCAAAAACAAAAAGAAUAUACAUAAACAGUACGACCUGCCACAAAAAAAGAAAAAUAUAAAUAACAAAACAAAAAAAACAAACGAAACAAAAGGAAACAAAACUUACCUUAAAUUAAUUUUAAAUUUUUAAAUAAAUCUGAGAAAAACGAAAAACGUUGCUUUAAGUAAGUUAUAUGAUACGAAAAUAAAACUAACAUACAGAGAACUUUAAAAAUUAUUGAAAAUAAUUAAAAAAGAUAAAAUACAAAAAAAAAACAACAAAGAAACCAACUCCUCCAAUUUGAAAACUUUAAUUUAAUUUACAAAAUUUACCAACUAACGAAACUACAUGUUCUGUUUUCCAUUUGUUCGAGCUUUGUGUUGAAAUUCAAAAUUUUAAUUGUAAUUGUAAUUAUCGUUAAGCCAAUUAGAAAUCGGUCGAUUAAGUUAUGUUAAACACACAGACCUAUUGAGUUUAAAUAUAAAUGUUUUGUUUGUGUGCAUUACGUUGUGUUUUUAACCCCCUUAUCAUGUGUUUUGCAACUUUUUGACAAUGGCACAGACACACAAAUCGAGAAGAGGAAAACAUUUUUUGUAGCUAAGAUUUAAAUGUAAAUACAUGUGUAAUUGUAUAUAUUUACUUGUGACUUGCAAAGUAAAUAAGCAGCAGCGGAAACUUAAAUUAAAUUGUAGUUAAUUUUAAACAAUUUCAAAAUGAAUUUAACUAGUAAGCAAGUGUUUAAGAGCAAAUGCCACAAAAUAAAGCAGAUAAAACGAAUUAAGAAACCUUAAGCAAACAAGAGAACUCUCGUUGGAUGAACAAAACAAAAUAUAAACCAGGCGAGCGAAAACGAGAAUCUUUAUUAUAUAAAUUAUACACUCUAAAAACCAGAUAAGCGGAUAUACAUUAUAUAUAUAUACAUAUACACGUUCAUAUACAUCUACUUAUUAUUUGUAAAUAAGUAAAGCAUAAUUUUUCAUUUGAAAACCGUAAACGAACCGGAAUCCAUUAAAGAUAUAUUUCCAAACACUACAAAAAAGCGAAGCAAAAUCAAAGCAGAUUUUUUAUUUAGCAAAAAUAUUUAUAUAUAUACAAAGCUAUAUAUAUAUGUUUUGCAAUUUGACUGACAAGCAGUGGAAGUGGCACACACACGAACAACAAAAAAUCACACAAGCGAUAAAAACAUAAACGAAAAAGUAGAGACAGAAUUUGAGGCCCUCGGGCUGUUCAAACAAUAAAACACUUUGUUAACUA